CGCUGGAACUUGUAAAUCUCUCUAUCGAUCAUUCUGUUUCUAAAUUACAAUGGAAGGCGCAUCACAGCUGGUACGGGGUGGAAGGAAAUCAUCAAUAGAAACUGAGCCGAGAACGCUACGGUUUCAUCAAAUCAAAUAUGCAAGGGAGGUAGCUGAGUAUAUAAUGAAUACAAGUAAUAUGGAAGAAGCAAAACGCAUUUUCACCAAGGGUUUAGAGCCGGUACUGCCAGUAGUGAGCGUUGUGAAGCAAAGUGGAGACGAAGUGAUGGAUUCGGAGGACGAAUUUGAGUAUUCACGAUAUCAUUUCCGAUUACGUGAACUGAGGGAUGUAGCCACAGCCCCAUUUUAGGUGGCUUUUUUGCGAAUAGAUGCAUGCAAAAUAUUUUUUGUUCUGCUUAGUUUCAUGAUACCAAGGGUUCUGAAGGGAUAUAUGUGAAGUACCCAUACAUGAUUGGCCAUGGAUCUUAGGCCGAGUGUCGUGAUUGAACUUUCAUAAACGAAGGCGGUUCCUUGCAAAUAUGCGGAGGCGGUUUCUUGUAAAUAUGAGUGGGUGUUGCUCGAUUUUAUGGUUUUCAAAUUUGGUGUUAAUCAGUUGAGAUUUGUAUAAACAUUUAUUGAUGACGUGAUAUUUGACGUAUAUAAACGAAGCAAGUAAUCAACCAAAAGAAUUUAUAUAGCUGAUCCUUGUCAAUCAAAAUACAUGAUAAUGUACAUAUUGUUCCGGGAGAAUUACUAUUCUACCCUUAUGUGUGUCUUAACCUAAUAGGUUUCCUGUUAGGAG